UUUCCCCUUUUCCUCCUCUGCUUUCCCUUUUAUUUAUUUUUUUAAGUUCCUUCCUCCCCAGUUAUAUGCUUAUUCUUUACUUUACUUUUCACAUAAAUGUUGUGGCAUUAACUCACCGGCAAUAGAAUAGAUUUGAGGAUUGUUGAGUAGAGUUUAUUGAACUUUUCAAACUGUUUUUUUGUUGUUCAUUGUUGUUCCAUUGAUAUCUGUUGUGCUAAAAGAUCCAACCAUCGUGAUGUACUGAUUCUCUCUCCCCCCCACCCUGCUUUUUCCAGUUUGAGAAGUAAGGUUUUCUUUGCUAUAGUUAGGGCUCCUAGGGGUGUUAUGAUCUGUGUUGAAUUUGUGCUGAGUGUGUCCAGAUUACCCAGUAUACACACAGAAGGGGAUAACGGAAUGUUGCAGAUGAUGGAACGUGGCAGCCAAGGAACACAAACAGUGUAGUGGUUACUUGUUCGCAUGGAGGCAUAGGAUCGAUCUUUUGUCCCCCACGAGGUCCACUGGUCCUGACAAGGCAGGUGUUUCUACUGGGAACGGUCCUGAGAAGUCAACAGAAACGAGUAUACACACACACACACACACACAUGCACGCGGAUUGAACAUUAACAAACAGUACUUCGAUCGCGAUAUCGCUGUCUGGAUCGUACCAACUUAUGGGGUACACGCUGCUGUUCCUCCGUCAAACCACUCCGCCACACGAAACUAUAUCGACGACGGGUUUUUUGUUUCUGUAUCACAGGACUCGUCUCUUUCUUACCACCAGGUUCGUACGGUAAAAUAAACCCGUCAUGGACCGAAACAAGUCGCCCACAUCUGGAUCUCUCCACCCGCCUGUGGUCGCUCACCUGUGGGCUGCUCCGCGGAGGGGGACGCGCUCAGGUAGGCCCCGCCCUCCGCCCCGCAGCGCUCACGGACACAAAAUGGAUGCGACGCUACCUGGCUGAGGUGAAAGUGCGUCUGUGAUGAAAUAUUCUGCUCCAGCUGAAGACCUCGCUCGUGUAUCUGAUGCAUUAACGGUAGUCGCGUCGACGGAGACCAAGAGAAACGAGGAUUAAAAUGUUUUGGACGUUGAUAGUCGCCGCUUUAAUGGCAACAGAGUCCACCAUGGCCAUCUCUGUCCAGUGCCCCACCAAGAGGUACAUCGCUAUCCUCUUCCAGCCUGUCACCCUCACCUGUAACUUCCAGACGACCGCCACUCAGCCGCCUGUAAUCACAUGGAAGUACAAAUCGUAUUGCCGGGACCCCAUCCAGGCCGCGAUGAACCCCAGCAGCGCAGAGAACAUCCUGUCUCAGAACAACCCCAACUACGACGCCAACAUCGAGUGUGCCGACAGCCAGAGGACGGUGCGCAUAGUGGCCUCCAAACAAGGCAAUGCGGUUACUCUCGGUACAGAGUAUCAGGGCCGCAAGAUCAGCAUCAUAAACAAUGCAGACCUGAACAUCGCACAGACGGCAUGGGGCGACAGCGGCGUCUACGUUUGUUCUGUGAUCUCUUCCCAGGACCUUUCAGGAAAUGGUGAAGACUACACAGAGCUAAUUGUUCUUGAGAGAAAGUCAAAUAAUUCUGACCUUCUGCCUGGGAUUGAGUUGCUGGUAAUGGAAGACUGGCUCUUGGUUGUACUGGUGGUUUUGGGGUUCCUGUUGCUGCUGCUCAUGAUUGGGAUCUGCUGGUGUCAGUGCUGUCCACAUACCUGCUGCUGCUACGUCAGCUGCCCCUGCUGCCCCGACCGCUGCUGCUGCCCACGGGCAUUGUAUGAGGCAGGUAAAGCAGUGAAGAAAGGCAUCUCCAAUCACUAUGCUCCCACCCUCUACGCUCCCAGUAUGUAUGCUCAGCCAGCGUACGGUGGUCCUAUGCAGCCUUCGAUGCCCAUGCUUCCUCUUCCCAAUGGAGCUGGACCCCCGCCUCUACACAACGGUUACGGGCGGGAUUACGAUGGUGCCAGCUCAGUUGGACACGGCUCCCAGGUGCCUUUGCUGCAUGACCAAGAUGGUGGAGGGGACCACACUCGCAGUGGGUAUCGUAUCCAGGUGGACCCUGAUGGGAACGCCACACGUGCCAUUUACUACAUGGAGCGGGAGCUGGCAAAAUUGGACCCAUCCAGAUCAAACUUCAACCGCAUGGACAAUAUGAGUGAAGUCACUUCCCUGCAUGAUAGCGUGGAGGCUAGAGGCCGCGGGGGUCGAUCCCAGCCGCCACCUUUGGCCACGGUCUACGACCGUGAUGAAGCCAUGAGCACCAUCAGCAGUGUUUCGCAGCAAGGCCGUCGCCGUGACGACUACCCACGGCACGGUGGAGGAUACAUGGGGGAUCAUACACGUGCCCGCUCCAUGGACAACCUCGACGACAUCGGACGCCACUACAACCGAGACAACAACUCCCCCCACCGUGAUCCCAGAGGAAGGAGAGGUUCGGAUGAUGAGUGGAGCACCAGUGCCCGCGGCGGCGGCGGCGGCGGUGGCCACGGCCGCGACUUUGAUGACCGCAGGCGUCGUGACUACUCCCCUGAAGAUCGGCGAAGAGGACCGGGAGGAGCUCCCAGUGACCUAUCUGGGAAACGCAGCCGCAGCCGCGAUGAUCUGAUGGACAUGGAGAGGGAUCGGCAUUACGCUGGUCGUGCCAGGGGCGGUCGGGAGGAUUACGAUGACGGCUUAUUGCGAGAGGCUAUGGAGAGGAAGAAGAUGGGCGAGCAGCAGCGGGCACGCAGCCGGGAACGCCUGGACAGCGAGAGUGACCGCUCGGACCGGGGGAGGGCACCUCGCGGGCCCCCACCUCUUCCUGUGAGCCCGCCCUCUGGGUACCCUGGUCGCCGUGAUGACUACCCUCCUCCUCCACCUCCACCUUACAGCGAAGAUGAAAGUGUGUCCUCUUCAAAGAAAAGCAACCUCCGUAAAAAUGGAGCUGUGAGUCGGGAGAGCCUGGUCGUGUAAACCAUGAUGUGGACAUCGUGUCCGAUAAUGCAGCUUUAAUCCGCCUUAAGAAAAGGACCAGUUGAUUUUUUUUUUUUUUAAACUGUAAAUAUUAGUCACAUCGCUAAUUUGCUAUGCUGAUUUUUAUAAUGCUUAACAAACUUAUCACAAAUUGAAUGUGUAUGUAUACUUUUCCAGAAGGGAAGAGGUGAACAAACUAAAUACUUUGUGCCUUUUCAUGUAUAAACGAUUAUGGCUGCCACAAGUGCCUUAGCGUGUACAGAAUUUAACAUGUCGAUUUGAGUUGAUUUAUAAAUCCGUGUAAAGGUGUUAAUGUUAACACAUAAAGCUGAUUUGUUUCAACUUUGGCCGUGAUACAGGAAGAGAUGUAGAAUUUUAGGGGUUAAUGGGGUUUUGUCUUAUUAAUUUUAAUUUUUUGAUUGUGAAAAAACAGUUUUUAUAAGAAAACCUGUGGUUUUUUAGUUUGUUCAUUCAGUCUUUUUAGAAAACUGGGGGAACAAAAUAGUUGUAUUUACCUUUUUACUCUGAAUUUCAGUUUUAAGCUCCAGUUUAUUGUACAGCCCAGCAGUAGUAUUCUUGUAAUAUGCAAAUGUGAAUUGUAAUGUGAUGAAAUCUGAUUUUACAAUAAAUGCCUCCUUUGCCAGGUCAUUUACUGUAUGUGACUUGCAGAGUUUUACCACUAGAGGACACCAU